AUGCCCAGGGAAUGGUCCGUAGGACGACUGGUUAUCGAAACUACCUUCUUUGCUGCCUCCCAGGCGAGUGUACCUGUCGCACUCUUCUACACCCUCCGAUAUGCCAUCUCCGCCCUCUCCACCUCCGGCUCCUCCGACUCUAACAAGAAGUCCAAGCAAAAAGGCCAAACCAUCCUGUCCAAGACCGGUCUGUCUGCCGCCCAGCUAGACGACCUCCAGCUGGACGAAUACGAAUCUACCAUCGCGGGCGAGAUCAUUCCGCCAUCAUCUAUCGAUGUGACGUUUGAAAGUAUAGGCGGGCUGGACGAGAUUAUCGCCAGUCUGAGGGAGACGGUCAUCUACCCCUUGACAUACCCGGAGCUGUUUGCUUCUGCGAAUGGGCUGCUGUCGGCGCCCAAGGGGGUGCUGCUGUAUGGACAUCCAGGGUGCGGGAAGACUAUGCUGGCAAAGGCGUUGGCAAAGGAGAGUGGGGCGACGUUUAUCAAUUUGCCAUUGUCUAGCUUGACGAACAAGUGGUUCGGAGAGUCGAACAAACUAGUCGCUGGGCUAUUCUCAUUAGCACGGAAAGUACAGCCAAGUAUAAUCUUCAUCGACGAGGUGGAUAGUUUGUUUCGGGAGAGGUCUUCGGGCGACCAUGAGGUGACAGGGAUGAUGAAAGCCGAAUUUAUGACAUUAUGGGACGGUCUGACAACCGCUUCUGACACCCGUAUUCUCGUCCUAGGCGCCACAAACCGCCCAAAUGACAUCGACCCCGCCAUUCUCCGUCGCAUGCCCAAGCGCUUCCCUAUCCGCCUUCCAAAUCUCGACCAACGUACCAAGAUCCUUUCCCUGAUGCUCAGCCACACCUCUCUUUCGCCCUCCUUCUCCAUCUCGGACCUUGCCCGGCGUACAGACGGGCUGAGCGGGUCGGAUCUGCGCGAGACGUGCCGAAAUGCAGCGAUGGCGCCGGUGAGGGAGGUGAUGCGGGAGAAGGGAGGCAAGGGGAAGGAGGGCCUUGAGCAAGCGAGAUUAGAGGGCUUUAAGCUCCGGCCGCUUGAAAUGAGAGACUUUAUCUUGCAUGAUUCACAUGCGUAUGCGCAUGUAGAUCCGAGCCGGAAAGCAGAACCUCUCAGUUAUGGCGAGCCGGUAGAUUGA